GCGGUGUGGGCGGGGUAGACUAGCGUGAACAGCGGCAAGAACAACUGGAUUCUUGCUGAUCGGGACAAUGCGGUACCGUUCUCUGGCGGCCAUAAGCGGGAGUGUGGUCGGGUCAGGGGUUAGAUGUGGACCAUCGAGCGAUCGCUGUCGCUACCAGCAGAACUGGGUCGUUCUGACCCUCUACUGCACCCUCGUGGGAUUCUCCUACACGAGCGCUCUGCCGUCCCUCCACCAGUUUGUGACUAGCAGCACUCGUCCAGACGAUCCUAAUGUGCAGCCGGGGCUAGGAUUGAACGAGACGUGGUAUUCGUGGAUAGUGAGCAUUCUGAGCAUUGGUGAGUUUGCCGGAGCAGUGGUUACCUCUCUCCUGCUGCGGAGGAUCUUCACCAAGUACGUGAUGCUGGCCAAUCUCUCUCUGUGUGCCUUUGGAGGACUGUUGUAUGGAGUGGGAGAGAAUAGUUGGAUGCUGCUCACUGGUCGAUUCCUGAUUGGGUUCUACAUGGGAGCUGAAACAGUUACCUUCAGAACCUAUGUCGGUGAGACCAGCUCCACCAUCAUAGCAGCCAUGCCUCUUGAGAAGCGAGAAAAGUCGACUCUGAAAUACACUGCCUUCUUUGUCGGCUUCACAGUCUGUUGUGUCUCUAGCCUCUCUGGUCCAGGACUUGCUGCAGUAGUGGCUCAAAUCCCUUCAAUAGACCAGUUCCGAUGGCCUGGCUACUUCACCAUAAUCUUCUCCAUCCUACUGGGGGUGGUUACCAUGGUGUUGUUCAGGGAGAAGAGAGGAGAUGUACAGAAGAAGGGAGGUCCUGUGCUACUCAAAACUCUCCCCAUACCUCUCUAUACAGUGACUUGCCUCAUGGUUGCUUUCUUUGUCGUCAACUGGCACUUUGCUGUAUUUGAGACUCUGCUCAAUCCAGUUCUCGCAGAUAAUUUCGGUUUUGAUGUGGAGUACGACGCUUACGCCUUCUUUGGUACACUCAUUUUCUUUUCCUGCGGAACACUUCUUCUGUAUGCACUUCAGAGAUUGCGCAUCAACAAUCGUAUUUCGAGUAUCAUCGCACUGGGCCUAGCCCUCAGCAGCUCUUUAAUAGCAACUGAUUGGCAAUCAGUACAUGGAGACCCCUGCAGCCAGUUCAGUAAAACUGAAGGAGUCAAUUUCACAAUUUUAUCAGAACCUAAGGAUAUGGCUUUUGGAAGUGGGUCAGCGAUAUGGUGUGAAGUAGAUCCUGGAAGCUACUUCUGUGCUGUAGAGAAGUCAGGAGUCAAUUUGGAGGAGUGUGGAGUGGAACAGAGUUUGACAAAUGGGAUCAUUGACGUGAAUGCCAGUUGUGUUUGUGAGGCAUUCUCUGGAGUGUCAGAAUUCAGGUGUUUCUGGAACCCUCACUCGCGGGUGACAGGGAGGGACUGCCAGCGAUGUGCCAGACUGUGUCACAGUCACAGCCACUCCCUCAACCUCGUCCAGUUCCUCCUGGGAAUGGCUCUCAUGAGUGCAAUAGUACCAAUGAGCCGUGUCUCCAUCACUCUUAUAGCCUCUGAUGCAUUGGCCGGAGAGUCACAGGCACUCAUCAUGGGUAUAUUUGUAGCUGUGGGAGCUGCUGCAAGGUUCACUGGACCUGUUUGGGCCAAUGCAGCCUACCUGGCAGCCGACCAUCAUGUGUAUAUCGUAAUGAACAUCCUGUCAGUGUCUGUUCUACUGGUGAUAGUGCCCUACAUCCUACUGUAUCGGACCAUGAAACCAGCAAAUCAACAGCAGCAAGUGAUGAGAACUAGCGGAAAUGUUGCCUCCAUCGAACUAAACUCGCUACUCAAUCAAGAUACAGUGGAACUUGAAAUUGGUGGUGAUAGUGGGUUAGUCUCUCUUGAGAAUGGAGACUGGUGUGUGGAGAAGGACAGUGGAGGUUUAGGUGAUGGGCAGAGAGAGGUGGAGGGUGGGACGAGAGGAAGAAGAAAAUUUGAUAGUGAUAAGACUCAGUUGUUGGAGAACAUGGAAUCAUCUUCAGAGGAAGACUAAACACAGGUUGUGAUCCAUUGUAAUUGCACCUAGAAAAAUACACUUCUACGCAUGCGCAUUUUACGGUAGUCAGCUAGCUAGCUGUGGCCGCCGCCGGCCAGUUCACAGUUCGUGAUUUGGUCUUGCCGUGUUUUUACCAUGAGCUGAGAUGUCUUGCCGUUCUCUGGCGACCCUGAUCGGGAGAGUGAUGGAGUCAGGGGUGAGGUGUGGAUCGUCCAGCGAGCGCUGUCGCUACCAGCAGAACUGGUGCAUCCUCGCGGCCUUCUGCACCCUCGUGGGGUUCUCAUACUCGAGUGCUCUGCCGUCCCUCCACCAGUUCGUGACCAGCAGCACUACUCCAGAUGAUCCUGACCUGCAGCCGGGGCUGGGGCUGAGCGAGACGUGGUACUCGUGGAUAGUGAGCAUCAUAAGUGUCGGAGAGCUCGCUGGAGCCGUAGCUACGUCCGUACUGAUGCGAAAGGUCUUCAUCAAGUUCCUGAUGCUGGCCAAUCUCUCUCUCUGUGCCUUUGGAGGACUGUUGUAUGGAGUGGGAGAGUAUGGUUGGAUGCUGCUCAUUGGUAAAUCACACUCAAAUACAUACCUUGGGUAUUUUAUGUUUUACGUGGUGACGGGUUUCUAUGCCAUGUGUUUGCCUUUGCCUUGCCUUGUGUUGUUUGCGGGCUAUGGGCGCUGCCUCAGCUGAGCUCCCCUGAUAGCUAGCUUAGUGCACUCUGUCUAAAGAACUGGAAGUCCUACCCAGAUAGAAUUUUUUUUUAUUCAAGUGUUUUCGUGGGGGUCGGAUAUGCACAUUUGCAUUAUUGUACUUUCAUGCAGGUCGAUUUUUCAUUGGUUAUUACAUGGGGGCAGUGACUGUUGUCCUCAGGACCUAUGUCGGGGAGACUUGCUCCACUGUGAUAGCAGCCAUGCCUCCAGAAAAGAGAGAAAAAUCAAAUUUGAAAAACACGGCUUUCUUUGCUACUUUCAUUGUGUGCACCAUAUCGUCCCUUUCAGGGCCCAGUCUUGCUGCAAUAGUGGCUCAAAUCCCUUCAAUAGACCAGUUCCGAUGGCUUGGCUACUUCACCAUAAUCUACUCCUUCCUACUGGGGGUGGUUACCAUGGUGUUGUUCAAGGAGAAGAGAGGAGAUGUACAGAAGAAGGGAGGUCCUGUGCUACUCAAAACUCUCCCCAUACCUCUCUAUGUAUCCCUUUUAAUUGCAUGAGAAUUAUGGGGUGGAAUAUUUACUGUGUAUGCUACCAUCAGCUCUUUACAGAGGUUCAGAGUUAGUAAUAGAAGAGAAGUAUAUAGGCAAACAGCGUAUUUGAAAAUAAACACGACUUUGCACAUUGUGCUGCCUUACAUUGCCUAUGGGAGUACUGCAAAUUAAGAAAAUUCGUAAGGGAAAUACUGCAGGUUUAUUAUAAUUAUACAAACCAAUUUAUGCGUGCGGCAUACGCGAACUUGGCAGCUCUAUAUGUAU